AUGGACAAGUACGUAGUCGAGAAGGUCAUCGGUGAGGGCACCUAUGGCAUCGUGUACAAGGCCAAAGAAAAAGCAACUGGUGACCACGUAGCAAUUAAGAAGUUUAAGACGGCUGGAGAUGAACAGCUAUCGAAGCGAGAAAUACAGGCGUGCUCUAUGCUCAGCCACCCAAAUAUCGUAUCUUACCGCAACAGUUUCCGGCACGACGGGUUCCUGCAUCUAGUGUUUGACUACGUUUGUGGGGGAAUGCUGCUGUCCAAAAACAAAAAGGGUGUGAAGGCGCAAGAGGCUAGAAAGAUCAUCUACCAGUUGUGCAAGGCUCUGGAGUAUUGCCACUCCAAUCGAAUAAUCCAUCGAGAUGUCAAGCCUGACAAUAUCCUCAUUGAUGAAAACGGAGACAUCAAGCUGUGCGAUUUCGGCGUGGCGAGGACUGUGCAGUUUGAAGGUGAUCCGCUGACAGACUACGUGUCGACUCGCUGGUAUCGGCCGCCUGAACAGGAACUUCGUUCCGAUCGCUACUCUUUCGACACCGACGUUUGGGGUGUCGGUUGUGUGCUAAUGGAGUUGCUCACAGGCCGACCACUUUUCCCGGGGAACACGCAAAUCGAUCAAAUCAACCUUAUCCAGAGUUAUCUAGGACCUCUUCCUGCGGCUCUCAUUCCUAGAAUUCCUCGUGGCGUUGUCUCCCUCCAAGCACCGUCAAAGUCUUUCCAAGACCUUUUGGACGAUCGGUCACUUCCAGAAGGAACACUCGAUUUUCUCGUCAACACUCUGCAACUUGAACCCAAGCUUCGCAUGUCGGCAAAGCAGUGCCUUGAACAUCCAUUUUUGCGAUCAUUGCGCGAUGCAGAGCUGAGAGACCGUGAAAAGCGGCGCCGAGCAGGGCGUGGGAUUCGCUUGAGUGAUGAUGAAGGAAUUGAGGAGGACAUUCCAGGAGAAGAUUCGCCAUCCUCUCGCCCUCACCCAAAUGAGUGCAAGGCCGACCAAAAGAACGCGGAAAUGGAUAGCCACAAGUCUGGCCCUCACACUUUUGACUUCAAGCAUGAUGGCGAGAAUAAAGCCGACGAUACAGCAUCUGCCAAGUCAAAACACCGUCGCCGUGCCUACGAUAACAACACUGACUGUGACAGUGAUGACAUCCAAGAAAUCAUCGAGACUGAUGAAAGCGACUCUCUGACGCGUUCACGCUCUCGACAGCAACGACACGGUGACUACAGCGAUAGUAUCAACAACGACUAUAAGUCGCUUCGAGAUGCUCCGCCUCGAUCCAAAGGUGCUACACGCCGCGGGCCUCUUACGGCCUCGGCAAAAGCAGACGUGGAUCCAUUGGAUGGCGAAAAUUGCUAUGAAGACGAUUUCGAGGAGUACCACCAC